ACACUUUGUUUAGUGAAUAGUGAAAGCUUUCUCCUACAGAUUUGCAAUUGUUUUUUUUUAAUUUGUGAAUUAAAUAUCGGAGUGUAGCACGCUUCAGCUUUGUCGGUAGGUGAGAGACUAAAAUUGCCUUCGUUACCAUUGAUUUUCAUCGGACAUCGGGCAUCAGUUUAACAUGGCUACCUUAAUGAAUAUGGUACACAAAGCGAAGAUAACAUAGAUAAGUUAAAUACCCUUUAAAAGGUUACAGAUUUUAAGUGCUUGUGGUCAAUUUAGUGGAUUUUAUGGUGGUUUUGUGGAUUUUGCAACAUUACUGAGAUUAGUUUAUUGUCGUGCUGGAAAUUAGCUGUGCUUACUUGGAUAUUUUAAAGUGUUAUGUUGGAUUGUAUUUGAAGUUAACCAGAGUUGUUUUUGGUUUAAAGACAGUCGUUGAGAUGGUGUGAUGAUUGUGAUGGAUGGAGGGCUAUUCUUGGAAUUUUAAUCGAUGAGAACAACCAUUUUCAUCCAUCAUUUGACUGCUAGGUGGAUCACAUCUGUGGCUAACACAAAUCCAUGUGAUACAGAUUUACGGGUGAUGAGGACCUAAAACAGACCAUACGCAGCAGGUCUUACACAGAUCUUUAGGAUCUUACAUAAGGAUCAUGACAACUUGUAAAUGGAUGUAACCAUGGCGUCCCUUGUCAACCGAUUUAGAACACACUCACAGUCUGGUCACUCGAAGAGCAGAGCUGGGAAGGCACUUCCUGUUUACGAUGGUCGAAAAUGGCCGGUGGUGAAAUGUGGAGCGGUAUACGUUACUGAAGAAGAUCGCGCAAAAAAGGUCACAAAGACAGUGGUAUCGCUCGGCCAGGGUUCAGACGAUGUGAAGAAAAAACCCUCAUCAAAAUAUGCUCUAGCGAUUGGUUCAAGCUUUGGUCACAUUCACACUUUCCUGAAAGAGACGGACAAUGUGCUCUCCUGUUACGAGCAGACAACCGCAGAAGACAAAUGUCUGCUGCUGAUAAAAAAACCAAAGUCCUCUUCAAAACAGAACCUAUUUUCUCGAAAGAUGCUGAAGGCUGCAUCCUGUUCGAACCUUGCUGGUCCCGAUACCCAGACACGCCCCAGCGAACCCAGUGGCAUUCCCAACCCCCUGUUCAAAAGGAGAACUUACGACUUCAGAUCAUCACGUGAUGCCAUCAAUGAGAAUCCAGGAAACUAUUCUCUCUCAACCAAUCAGGAGCUUGAUUCAGUUAUAGAGCAUGAAGAUGGUACAAAUGUUGUAAAACACAAGUCGACGCACAAUGGGCAGCAGAAUUUAUACACAUCUUGUCCUGUUGAGGAUAAGAUAUCGCAGGAGCGACUGAAACCUGCAUCGAGACAGAAGUCAUUUAGUACUCAGGAUUUACGACGGGAAAGUGAAAUAAACAAUAAUCAUAAGAUGGGUGGCUCAGCUAGUCAUCAAGGCAAGAGUAAAAAGGAAGGUCAAAAGUUUCAAGGUCAAGGUCAUGCAAGCCAGGAUGACAGUUUUGGCUUUCAGGGUCAAGGUCACAAGCCUAGGGGUCAUCCCCCACCUGUGCCAGAUAGAAGGAAUAAAGGCGAUGACCAUGGUUCGCGAGAUAAUUUAAAUGAUAGCAGCCACAAUCAUAGUCAUCAAAGAUUAAAUUCAGGGCCCCCUUCGGGUAAAAGUGACCCUCGUCAUGACACUAGUGUUACACAUGGUAAUGUUCAUGCCUACACAAGAAGCCAAUCUAGUCCUAGUGGAAAUACACAUCUUACUAACAAUGUCAGUGCUGAAAAUUUCCCUUCACAGAGAGACAAGCAAACCUCGCAUAGAGGUAACUUACAACAUAACAAUAGGGAGCACCCACAUGGGACCCCAAAUAGUGCUUCUUACCUUCAAGGGGCCGUGCCAAGUCAUGGGAGAGUUGAUACUAAUGCCCAUGGGAGAAAGGGUGAUGAACAUACAAAUGGAAACAAUCGAAAAUCGUCAAAGUCAAAUGAUGUUUACAAUGACGGAUUUAAGCAUGACUUAAGUGUAAGUGCCAGAAAUGGACACCAUGUGACUAGCUCUCCAAAAUCGUCGAGAAAAGGUGACAAAAGUGAUCGAAGAUAUGGUGAGAAAGUGAUUGGAAGUAAUAGCAAUAUGUCGAAUGUGCCAAAUGUUAGCCAGAUGAAUUCUAUACCCCAACAGGCCAGUAAAAAUGGGAUGAGGCCUCAACAGGGCAAUAAUGUACCCAUGCCCCAACAGGGAAGUAAUGUGCACAUGCCACAACAGGGCAAUAAUGUUCCCAUGCCCCAACAGGGCAAUAAUGUUCCCAUGCCCCAACAGGGAAGUAAUGUGCACAUGCCACAACAGGGCAAUAAUGUUCCCAUGCCCCAACAGGGCAAGAAUGUACCCAUGCCUCAACAGGGCAAUAAUGUUCCCAUGCCCCAACAGGGCAGUAAUGUGCCCAUGCCACAACAGGGCAAUAAUAGUGUACUCAAUGACCGUGGAAAUACUUGGGCAGGAUCUAGGGACUUGCGAGAAAAGCAGACAAACAGGCCAGUGCAAAGAAAUAAAAGUGACACAUCAGGUAAUUGCAAUAAGCCUGAAGACAUUUAUGCCAAAAUUAAUAAAAUUAAACCUGAUGGUAACCAUGGAGACAAUAUGCCAAAAUAUCAAGUUCAGGUUGGCAGGUCAGUGGAGAAUUUAUGUGAGGUUGGUAGAAAUAAUAAAGAACCGUAUAAACAGCGCAAAUCAUUAGGUGAUAUGCAUAUUCCUCAAGGUUAUAAUGGAGAGAGACAAAAAGUUAUGAAAGCCAAAUCUCUCAUUGAUUUGAGUGAAGGAAAAACAUUUUCAUUGGUUGGUCAAAGAAAACCUGAAAAUUCAAUGUCAACUGAAGGUCAAGGACAAUCGAGUGUUGGUGAAUUUACGGGAUCUCAAAUGAUGAAACACAUUAGGAAGUAUCGUGAAAUUCAAAAGAGCGGUCACGGAAAUCUGCUGCCCAAAGGAACUGCUAUCGAUGACAUGGAGGUUUCUAUACAGAGAGACCAUGAUUUGAGUAAGUCACAACCAAAUAAUAAUAGGCCAAAUUCAGGAUAUGGUACCACAAAUGGUAAACCCAUGCAUUACGGGUCAUUACAACACUUGCCAAUGAGCACGAUGGAACCGCAGCCGCAAGUGACCUCGUUGAAGCACAGAGAGCAAACCCCACUAAAACCUCGCAGGUGCUUGCCACAGACACCUGGGAAUGUGUCUGAGAAAAAGAGACGGGUUUCUGACACGCUGAAAAGUCGAAUGAGUGUAAGUAGCCAGAGUAGUAACACUAGCCCAAGUUCCAGUAACUCUGCAUCAAAUCGGGGUGAAUCCGCUGAUUUACGCCAAGGUGGAGUAAGUGCUACGCCGUCCGAUCGUGAGGUGGAUUUGUACAUCGGAAGUAAAUCAGAUAAUUUGUGGGCUUAUCCAAAUCAUAUGCCAACUCAUGGACCUAGUGGCGAUGCCACCGCUUAUGGCAAACAGCAGACAUGUUAUUUACCCCAAGAUGGUUAUAAGGGUCAUCCAAGCAUGAAUGUGAUUCGUAAAUCUGGGUCAUUUGGAGCACACGAUCAGAGUAUUGUUGUUGCUGGCGGAGGGCGAUGGAGCGAAUCAGGACAGACAACUCUCACUUCGCAGAGCACUACUGAUUCUGGUUAUCUGACGACAGAUCCUGAUCAUGAUACACUCUCAUCAACAAAUUAUGCAAGGACAUUGCAGCAGUCUGCACAUAACAUAUUUAAAAGACAUUCCCAGAAAAAUGACAAUGCCAAGGGGAGUAAUCACCAACCUGUGGACAAGGUUGAUAACUUUGUUAUAAACAAGGGGGGUAAUCAGUCUCAGAAAGUGAAAGACUCACAUGCGCAUACACAAUCUUGGUUGGAAAACCAUCCUGGUGCUUUUGUGGGUGACAGUUUCAAGUUAAGUGUAAAUGAGCAGGACUCAGAAAUGCUCAACUUAAGCCAAAAUGUCACAUCUAAGCCAAACUGUGUUAAGGGAAGAGAUUCGCGUGACUCGAAUAACAAUAAGAAUGAAAAACAUGCUCAGGAUGAAGUUACAGAACUUGACAUUGUUCAGUCCGGGAUUAAGAAAAAGCAAAGUUCCAACGAACAUCCAAGACUUUCUCACCAUUUAUCGGAAAUGUCGGUACAAGAUAUGGGUAAAGUACUCGAACAUGAGGCCUUGGUUAAGCCUAAGGGGCGAUCAGUUUCAAUGUCACAAGGUCUUAAUUUAAUUGGUGCAGGUUCUAAUUUAAACACUGGAAACCUUACGAAAUCUCAGCCAAAGUUUACUGGUUCACUAAAGGAUUUAAUAGGUGGCGAUAAGACAAUAGUGCCAAUAGAGACGUUAAAACUUGAAAGUAAGGUUGCCAAUAAUACCUUACCAGUUAGCUUUAAAUUUCAAGGACUUUCAAAAUCAGAAAGCAGUCUUAAGCUGCUCGGAAAGCCUAGCUUGUUUCAACUAUUGCAAAACUACAACCUAUACGCUGUACGAGUGGAAAUUCCGCCUGGAUUUGUGGUUAGUGAAAAUAUACGCAUGAUUGAAUGUGAGGUUGCGCUUGCAUCGCCAUGGUUACACGCAAGAGAAAAUCCUGUUCUUCAGAGCCCAAAAGGCAGCUACGCAAAACUGGGUGGGCCAAACUCUGCCUUCAAGCCAGUCACUAGUGGUAGUGGCUCACCAAUCAAGACUGUCUCUAUGGUUACAAUUAUGGAGUUGUCCAAUGAAAUGUCAUCCCUGCUUAAUGAUCGUCAGGAGCUUCAAAGAGGAGAUCUAAUUUUAGAGAUAGAUGAGAGGCUGGUUAUUGGAGAGGACCUGGCUACGUUGACAAAUGUACUGCGGGCUUCACACACUGAGCUUCUACUCACCAUCGUGAGAGAUAAGGCCCGGGUGACACAAUCAACAGAUCGAAGCGCACCAACAGAGGAUGAUUUCAGGCAAAUGGAACAGCGGCUUACGCAAUUAACGAUGGAACUUCAGAAGAAGGACCGAACGAUCCGACAACUCAACGAAAUGUUACCAUGGAAACGGGAAUCCAAGGGAGACCAUUCAGAGACCAAAGGAGAUGAUGGAUACUUGUGCUCUCUUAGUGAAGAUGAAUUUAUUGUUUGAAUAGAUUAGUUGAUUAAUAAAUUAAUUUAUUCAUAUGUAAUGUUUUGCCAUUGGAAUUUGGAUCAUAGACACAGUUGUCUUUAUUUAAACUUACUUUAAAAAAGUUUGAAAAAGAAAUUACAAUGAAAACAAGAAAGUUAAUACUCUGGUUCACAUAAAGAGAUUGGGUUAUUGUUUAAAUACAUUUAAACUGUUAAAAGAAGGGUCAUCACCCUGAAUGUUAAUUUAUGGAAAGAAAUCUACUCUGCUCAGCUGAAGUAAUACAUUAAGUUUACAAUAAAGGUACUUAAACAUUUUUCUUGGUAAUAGAUUACGUGAUUUCUUCACUAUAUGCAAAAAAUAUUAAGAAAUUUUGACUUUUCACUCUAAAAGAAAUGGUUUGUGAAUAGGAUUGUUAAAAUCCUGUCCUCAAUUUAUACCAAAAUGUACAUUAUUUGAGAAUGUUAACUUCAUUUUUGUUUAUACAUUAAUUCAAAAUAAGAGUGGUUACCAGGGGCAGUAAUUAAUUAUUUAUUUUUGUUUAACAGUAGAUUCUGAGUAUUUUUAUUGGACUGUAAAAAUGACUGACCAAUUGCCUGAAUGGAAUCACUGAGGCAUAUAUUUGACAAUAAAGAUAAUAGUAACAUUAGUGAUCUCCUCGGCCUCCCAGCAUAUCAUAACCUAUAUGAUACCCUCGGCAAAUUUGCUAGGGAAACUUUGUAAAUCUUAAAUAUUCAUAAGCAUUUUCCAACCAAUGAAAUAGCUGAUAACAAAAAGGAAAAAAUCUCCUUUUUGAAGAGCCACCGGCAUUUUUAACAAUAUGAUAUCCUGCCUAAAAUGAUUUCUCAUUGGAUUAUUUCAAACCGAGAUUACAUCCGUAACUUCUUGGCCAUUUCCACACUGCAUGAUGUGUGUCUUAUAUGACCAACGUAGCGGCUGUAUUUCACCUUAUUAAUUAUUCAUGACUACGAGAUUUUUACAGCUGAUUUGCUACGGGUAUCAUAUAGGUUAUGAUACGCUGGGGUGCCGAGGAUGCAUUAGUGAUUACUGCCCCUGAAUUACUGCGCAAUUAAUAGCAUGCGGGUCAAUAUUUGCAUUAUAGUUAUUGCACGGUAGGCUUAGCAAUAUAGUACAAAAAUUAACUACACCCAACUCUUGUUAUUAAAAGAAUACAAGACUGGUGCUUCAUCCUCAAUGUGUAUAAUUUUAAUAACUCUGGCAGUAGGUGUAGAAACUAUCCUAUAUUUAUGUAUAGUGUUGUAAAAACAAUUCCGUCUACUUGUAAUAGGGCACAACCAAAUUAUACCUGCCAUUGAUUUUCUUGUUCAAAUUUUGUUCUUGUAUAGUUGUCCGGUAAGAGCAGUGGUUAGCGCACUUGCUUCGCACCAAGAUGACCCAGGUAUGAUUCCCGGCCUGGGCUCAUAUGAGGUUGGUUGUUGGUUACCAAGCCAGACAAGUGGGUUUUCUCAAGGUUUCCGAAGACCACACUCUCAUGCAACAUCGUACCAACGAGAUUUACUUCGAUAAAGUGAAAAUAACUUUCUUCACAAUCAUUGUUAUAUAAAGUUUAAACAAAAUCUUGUUCAUUUGAGUAAGAUUUUAUCAGCAUUUCAAGCAUAUUUCAAACUUCCUGAUUGUUAAUCCCUACAAAAUUCUUUUAUUACAAAAUCAAUAAUUCUCAUUGCUUCUGUUUAAGGCCAAAAGAAAUAAUUUUGUGUUUAAUGUUAUAUGCUGACAAAAAACGAUUUUAUUGUGUACGAAGUUUGUAUAUCAUUGUAUACUUUACGUACAUACAUACACAUUCUGAUGGUAUUGUUUACAUUAGCAAAAAGAUAAAUGCUAAAAAAACAUUUUACCAAAUUGAUUAUUACGAACAGGAUGUAAAAUUGGUUCAAUCUGUUAACUGUAACCACAACAUGUUCAUUUGGCCUAAAUAGAAAAAUGACACAAGUUAAAAAAUGUUAUUCUUUCAUUGUCAGUUUAACUUGAAUGUCAAUUUUGCUUACCGGUAAUGCCAAAUGUCAGGUCAUUUAAAUAUUUACUUUCAAUUAAAGACUUUGGGUUUGUAUUUUCAAGACACUAAAACAAACAUAAGUUACACACUUUGUAGAUAUAACAUUGUUGAGAUAGUUAAAUUGAUAUUUGAUAUUGAUAUUAGUAAUCUAUCGUACUUUGUAAAUAUGUAUGUAAUUAUCAGAGACAGUAUUUAUACAAGUAGCGUCCAUUUAUUUGUACAAAUUAUAACGUUGCUGGAAACAUGUAUGUGAUAUUUUGAUAUUAAAUGACAGUAUACUCUU